GCUCCCCUCCCAAAAUAGAAUAGAAAAGAAUAUACAGAGUAGUUUAGUAGAGUAUUUAAUUCAAGAUAAUGUAUACAGGUAAGUUUAUACUAGUAUUAUAAUCUUAUACAUACAUGUUCCCAUUUCUCAUGAUCACCUGUGCAUGCUGCAACAUGCUAAAUACAAAACCUACUUCAGGUGAUUACAGUAUGUAACAGUAUCUACUCCACUUCUACUAUUCCACACUCCACUUCACUCACUACUUGCUACAAUUUCCUAACCAAUUUUUUUUUUUUUUUUUUUUUAAUUUUCCCAACUUUCUCCCUCCAAUAUUAUUUAUCUCUUGAUAUUCAUCAUCAAAUUCUCCAACUUCUUCAUUUUCUCUCUCCUAAAAAACCUAAAAAUAAAACCCUCAGACCCACCCAUCAAUUUGGAGGGUCUACAAACUCCACCCAAAAAUCAAAAUUCCCCCUUUUUUAAUUUCUCAUAAAAAUAAAUCAUACCUUUGAUAAUUUAAAAACCAUGGAAGAUGAUCUCCACCAAAACUCCACCUUCCCACUUCACCUUCUUACACAUAAUCACAAUAAUAAUAAUAAUAAUAAACUCGACUCCAUAGAAAAUCCUGAACAUACUUCUUCUACUACUGUCCUUCAAAGUGGUUCGCCUUCGGGGCCGAAGAAACCGGCCCCGAAGCGAACCUCUUCGAAGGACCGUCACACUAAGGUCGAUGGUCGAGGGAGGCGGAUUCGAAUGCCGGCUCAGUGUGCCGCCCGGGUUUUUCAGCUAACCCGGGAGCUCGGACACCGGUCUGAUGGUGAAACUAUUGAGUGGCUUUUACAACAGGCUGAACCGUCUGUUAUUGCUGCAACCGGAACCGGAACCAUUCCCGCCAAUUUUACUUCUCUGAGCCUAUCGGUUCGACGGUCCGGUUCGACCGUUUCCUCCGGUUCACAUACGAGACCGGUUGGGUAUAAUAAUAGUAAUUAUUUUGGUAAUAAUUUCUACGUUAGUCCUUCUAAUUGGAUGGGAUUUUCUAACAUGUUGAUGAUCAACGCUGGUGAUCAGUUGAGUAAUUCUAGCCGUCAGAUUAAUUUGUUCCCUAAUAAUGGGUUGGAAUUAUCCUCUACUAAUUCUUCCACAAUGUUGAAUUUACAACACCCCAGUGCGGAUGGUGACACGUGUCAUGGUAACAAACGCGGUCAUGAUGAGGAGGAGCACGAGGAGGAUGAUGGUGAUGAUAAUGAUAAUGAAGAUCUGGAUCGGUCUUUAAAUGUCGGGCUUGGGUCGGGCCAUGGACCAGGGUUCGGAAAUAAUAGUACUACAACAACGUGGCCUUAUCCUAGUACCACUAGUAAUGGUAACGGGACAGUGGCAAGUGGGUUGCAUUUUAUGAAUUUUGUUAAUAAUAAUAGUAAUAAUAAUAAUACGAAUACUAAUACGCCAAUGGGGUUUUUAGCCGGGCAUCCGGUGGUGGUUGGUGGCUACGAAGGCCAAUACGGGAUGCUUGGAGGGUUCAAUAACGGGUUGAGGGGUGUAAUACCGGGUACAAUAAUUGGAUCCUACCCUAAUCAAGAAAGGUCAAGUAAUAAUGUGGAUCAUGGAGAUGCUUCUAGCUAGAAACUAGCUAGCUAUUACUACUUACUAGGUAUGUUAUUUGUAGAUGAUCAAAUUUCAAUAAUUACGGGAAUAUAUUGAGGUAUGAACAAGUUGUGUUGAAAGGUCCAUUAUAUUGUAUUGAGAUGUAAGUUUUUGACUUUUAUUAUUGAUUGAUCCAAUUGAAUUAUAUGAGUAUGAGAAUGAAUUUGUUUGUGUGUGUUUCCAA